AAAGGCUAGAGAGAGAAAGCCCACUCAGUAGAUAGAGAGAGAGAGAGAGAAGUAGUAAAUGAAACGAGAGAUUGGUGGUGAAAGGACUCAGCUUUGCAUUUAUUAUCUAAUCUUCCAAACACACAAACAAAAAAAAAAAGACAAAAAAAAAAAGAUCUUCUUCUUCUUCCUCGUUCUCUUCUGUUCUGUUCUGUUUCUAGGGUUUCUUGGAUUCCAUUUUUAUUUGAAUUUCUGUUCAUUUCUCCGUGAAAUUCGUUUGAUUAAACCCCAAAAUCUUUUAAAUUUUUAAUCUUUAUCUUCUGGGUUUACUGAAAGUUUCCGUCUUUAGAGGCACACCCACACACACCUUCUUGAUCUGUUUCUUCUUCUUAUGGGUCUUCCCUCCUUUUGCUGCUAAAAUCACCACAAAAAAAGAUUAUGCAUUUCCCUCUGUGGAAGCAAAUCCACCACUGCGCUGCUCUCAUCUUAGACAAGAGCAAGAGCAGGAGGAGACAUGACGAAAACGACAAAGCCUCCACGCUUCGAAAGCUCUACGAAGACAAGCUCAGAGAAGCUCUCGAAGACGCAUCCGAGAACGGCUCCCUCCACAAAUCCCAAGACAUCAUCGACGUAGGAGGAGGAGAGACUCAGGAAGACGAGAACUUGAGCCGGUCCAGAUCCUUAGCUCGUCUCCACGCGCAGCGUGAGUUCCUACGCGCCACUUCCUUAGCCGCCGAGCGUGACUUCCAAUCAGAAGACGACAUCCCUCAGCUCCUCGAAGCCUUCACCAAGUUCCUGACAAUGUACCCCAAGUACGAGACCUCAGAGAAAGUCGACCAGUUGAGAUCUGACGAGUAUUCCCACUUGUCGGAAUCCGACUCCAAGGUAUGUCUUGACUACUGCGGGUUCGGUCUGUUUUCGUAUCUCCAGACGCUUCAUUACUGGGACUCCUGUACGUUUAGUCUAUCCGAGAUCACUGCUAAUUUAAGCAACCACGCGCUCUACGGUGGUGCCGAGAGUGGGACCGUUGAGCAUGAUCUCAAGACGAGGAUAAUGGAUUACCUCAACAUCCCCGAGAGUGAGUACGGUCUUGUCUUCACCGUUAGUAGAGGCUCAGCUUUCAAACUCCUCGCUGAGUCCUACCCUUUUCAAACCAACAAGCGGCUUCUGACGAUGUUUGAUCACGAGAGCCAGUCUGUGAACUGGAUGGCACAGACGGCUAGAGAGAAAGGAGCUAAAGCUUACAACGCGUGGUUUAAAUGGCCGACGUUGAAGCUAUGUUCCACUGAUUUAAAGAAGCGUUUGUCUCAUAAGAAGAGGAAGAAGAAAGACUCUGCUGUUGGGCUGUUUGUGUUUCCAGCUCAGUCUAGAGUCACUGGCUCUAAGUACUCUUACCAGUGGAUGGCUUUGGCUCAGCAGAACAACUGGCAUGUCCUGCUUGAUGCUGGCUCUUUGGGACCCAAAGAUAUGGACUCGCUUGGUUUGUCCUUGUUCCGACCGGAGUUUAUAAUCACUUCUUUCUAUAAAGUGUUUGGUCAUGAUCCCACAGGGUUUGGUUGUUUGUUGAUCAAGAAGUCGGUGAUGGGUAACCUCCAGAGCCAGUCUGGUAAAACAGGAUCAGGGAUAGUGAAGAUCACACCUCAGUAUCCUCUCUAUCUCAGUGAUUCUAUAGAUGGUUUGGACGGUUUGGUUGGUCUUGAAGAUGGUUAUAAUAAACCAGCUGCAACUAUGGAAGCUUCUCGUAAACCGGCUUUCUCCGGUGCAUACACUUCAGCUCAGGUGAGAGAUGUGUUUGAGACAGAGCUGUUGGAUGAUGGAGAUGGGACUACUAGCAGCACAAUAUUCGAAGAGAACGAAAGCGUUUCGGUUGGAGGGUUGAUGAAAAGUCCAGCGUUCAGUGAAGACGAGUCGUCAGACAACUCGUUUUGGAUAGAUUUGGGGCAUAGUCCGCUUGGCUCUGACCCCAUGAACCACCAUAAUAAAAUCGCCUCCCCUUUGCCACCGUUCUGGUUCACAAGCAAACGCCAGUCGCCUAGACCUGCUGCUGCGGCGAAGAGUUGUUAUUACAGCAGUCCUAUGUAUGAUGGUAAAGAUGUCCUCUCGUUUGAUGCUGCGGUUAUGUCGGCUGCUCAGGAGACAACGCCGUCACGGAGCCACCUGAGGAGCUCCAAUAGUAGUCUCCUGACGCAAGAGAUACAGGAAGAGGAAGAAGAAGAAGAAGAAGAGCAGUGUGGGUUUGGGACAAGCUCCAAGAUCUGCUCUGAUAUGAAAGAGAAUGCUAUUAGACGAGAGACGGAAGGGGAGUUUAGGUUACUUGGAAGAAGAGGAGGGAGGCUUAUGGGUGUUGAAGAUGAACAGCCGAGCAGAGGGACGAGGGUGUCUUUUAAUGUUGACCGUGUCAGUCAUAGUCUGGACCAAGGUGAAGCUUUGUAUAACGAAGAAAGUGGUGAUGAUGGUGAGAAUCAGAACGAGGAUGAUUGGGAGAGAAGGGAGCCUGAGAUUGUUUGCAGCCAUAUCGAUCAUGUGAAUAUGUUAGGUCUUAGUAAAACCACAACUAGGCUCAGGUUUCUGAUAAACUGGCUCGUGAUCUCUUUGCUGCAGCUCAAGGUGCCUGAAACAGGGAGUCUUGUGCAGAUAUAUGGGCCGAAGAUAAAGUACGAGAGAGGAGCGGCGGUUGCUUUCAACGUGAAGGACAAGAGCAAAGGGUUUGUGAGUCCAGAGGUUGUGCUGAAACUUGCUGAGAGAGAAGGUGUGUGUCUUGGUAUUGGGAUAUUGAGUCACAUACGGAUGAUGGAUGUGCCGAGAAACCAUCAUCAACGUGGGGGAGGAGGAGGUAGGAUGAAGGAGGAGGGCUCUUUGCAUCUGCAGAGAGAAGGUGGUGGUAAGAGAGGAGGAGGAGGGUAUGUGAGAUUUGAGGUUGUGACGGCAUCUCUGAGCUUUUUGACGAACUUUGAAGAUGUUUAUAAGUUGUGGGCUUUUGUGGCAAAGUUCUUAAACCCUAGUUUCAGCAGAGAGGGAACGCUCCCGACUGUAGUUGAAGAUGAAGAAGCAGAAGAGUCAGAGACGUGAUGGGGAAAAAGCCUAAAACUUUUUGAAUAUGACUCGGAGAAGAGGCUGCGUCAUAGAGCAUGCUUAUGGAAAUGGAAGUGAGAGAUGUGAGGUUGAGAUUUGCUGCUGCUAUAUAGUGUUUUUCUUUUUUGGGUUGCGUUUUGAUGUGUUUAUUAUCAGUUGUGAGAUAGGGAGGGGAACAAUUCUUGUAAUCUGGAAAGGGAGAAACAGUGUUUGGUCCAAAGAUUUUUCACGUUUAGAUUAAAAGCAUUAGCUCUGA